CCGAAAUAUGAUCGGCAAGGUGGCUGGAACCGCGGCAAUCGCUGGAAUAUCUUUCCUCGCUGGAAAAUAUUCGAAUGACGAUCUGCCAAUCUUCAGGAAUGUUCAAUCAGCCACCAAUGUUCCAAUGAAUCAAAUCCAAGUUUCGGAGCCAAUGACCGUAAAACCAGCAUCUCUAAAUGCUGAUGCAAUGGGACCAUCUCGUUCGGCAGAGAUCAUGAAGCACGGAUAUCCCGGAUUCACAAAUGUUCGAACUUAUGAGGAUUUCGUGCUUUCCUACGAUUAUAAGACAAGAACUGCACACUGGGUCUGCGAACAUCUUACACCAGAACGAUUAAAACACGCAGAAGGUGUGGAUCGGAAGCUUUGUGAAUUCAAGCCAGAUAUCACUUUCCCGCAGAAAUUCCUUUCUCAAAAUACGGAUUAUAAGUGCAGUGGAUUCGAUCGUGGACAUCUCGCCGCCGCUGGAAAUCAUCGGAAGAGUCAGUUGGCGGUCGAUCAAACUUUUUAUUUGAGCAAUAUGAGCCCACAAGUUGGACGAGGAUUCAAUCGCGAUAAGUGGAAUGAUUUGGAAAUGCACUGCAGAAGAGUCGCAAAAAAGAUGAUCAACUCCUACAUAAUCACCGGUCCCCUCUACCUUCCAAAACUUGAAGGAGAUGGAAAAAAGUAUAUCAAGUAUCAAGUUAUCGGUGAUAAUAACGUUGCAGUGCCAACUCAUUUCUUCAAAGUUGCUCUUUUCGAAGUGACACCCGGCAAAUUCGAGCUGGAAUCCUAUAUUUUGCCAAACGCAGUCAUCGAGGAUACUGUAGAAAUUUCCAAGUUCCAUGUUCCAUUGGAUGCUGUGGAGAGAAGUGCGGGUCUUGAGAUUUUCGCUCGUUUGGACCCUAAGAGCAUUGUGAAAGAGAACGGAGCAAAGAAGGGAGGAUUACUUUGGUGAUUGAUUGGAUUGUGAUUCCGGUGAAUUUUAGGUUUAGGUUGUUUUGUUUUUGUUUCACAAAUAAAUUUUUUGUUAA